GGCUCUGCUGGGCAGGAUGCAUCUUGCAAGUAGCCUGGGCUUUGCUCUUUUCUGCUGUCUCUUGGAGAUGGGGGCUGCCUACAGCUCUUGGGGCUUCCUCCAAGGGGAGACAGAGCUGUGGGGGGCUCAGUCCUUAGGGCAGCCCCAUGCUUUCUCCCAGCCCUCUCCAUGGGCGUGGGUGGACGUGUCCCAGCUCCAGGCUGCGUCCCCGCUGCACCCCGUGUCUGUGUGGUGCCAGGAGGCGCAGAUGGUGGUCACGGUGCACAGGGACCUCUUUGGCACCGGGCGCCUGGUCCGGGCUGCAGACCUGACCCUGGGUACAGCUGACUGCCCGGCCACGGCCCAGAACACUGCUGAGAAUGUGGUGACCUUCAUGGCUGGGCUGCAUGAGUGCGGCAGCACCCUCAGGGUCACCCCUGAAGCUCUCAUCUACAGCACAAGCUUGAAUUACAGCCCAGUCCGUGCUGGCAACCCCGUCAUCAUCCGCACCAGCCCUGCUGCUGUUCCCAUUGAGUGCCACUACCCAAGGAGGAACAACGUGAGCAGCCACGCCGUCCAGCCCACGUGGGCACCCUUCCGCUCCACUCUCUCCUCCGAGGAGAGGCUGCUCUUCUCCUUGCUCCUUAUGAAUGAUGACUGGAGCACCGAGAGGGCCUCUGCCGUGUUCCAGCUGGGAGAGGUCCUCCGCAUCCAGGCGGGUGUCAGCGUGGGGAACCACGCACCUCUGAGGCUCUUUGUGGACAGCUGUGUGGCUGCCCCCAGCCCGGGCAGGGGCUCCUCUCCCCAGUACGCAUUCAUUGACUUCAAUGGGUGCAUGGUGGAUGGGCGGCUGGAUGAUGCCACCUCGACUUUUAUAUCCCCAAGGCCCCGGCUAGAUGUUCUUCAGUUUGAAGUAGAUGCGUUCAAAUUUGCAGGAGACUCCAGCAGCCUGCUUUACAUCACCUGCCACCUGAAGGUCUCCCCGGCCGGCCAUGCUCCAGACCCUCAGAACAAAGCUUGCUCCUUCCACAAACCCAGCGGCCUCUGGGCACCCGUGGAGGGCACGCGGGCUGUGUGCUCGUGCUGCGAGACGCGGAGCUGCGGCACAGCACGGCGCUCCCAGCAGCCCCUGGCCCCAUCCCGCCGGCACGGAGGGCGAUCCCGCAGAGAGCUGCCCCCGGGUCCUGUAGUGGGGGAAGCGGAUGUGAUGCUCGGCCCUCUGCUCAUCCACAGCCACCGGCAGCGCCCGGCGGGCAGGGUGCCCCCAGAAGGCGCUGGGAGCCGUGUGGGGCUGGGGCUGGCUGUUGGCUUGGCCGUCCUGCUCCUUGCUGCUCUGGGAGCCCUGGCUGCACGCUGGACGCACAGCAAUCCCGUCUGAGUCACCUUGUCGACUUUUAGCUUCUAUUAUCCAAUAAAAAGUAAACCUGACCCACAAUGGGAGACUCCGGGGGAGUUCUGGGCCGUGAUGUCCAUCCCAUGGGUAAGGGCUGGUGGGAUGGGGGUUCUUGCUAAAGGGGGGCUGGAGAGGUGCAGGGGAGGUUUGGCUCUUCCUGGGCUGCAGGGAGGCAGGAAUUCCAGUCCCUGCCCCAAGGACUGUUUAUGCAUUUCACCCAAGGCUCGUCACAUAUAGAUAUGUGUAAACAGUCCUUGGAGCAGGGACUGGAAUUUCAGCCCCUGCUUUCCCACCCCCACCCCAGAAGGGGCUUUUCCUCUCUGCACUAUGGAGCUGGGGCUGUUCUGCUCAUUGUAGCAGAUGGCGGGGCAGGAUGCUCCUGCCCCAAACCUGAGAGCAGUCGCUCU